CUGAGGCUUUGCGCGAAAUGGAAAAUCGACAUCAGCAGAGAGCCCCUUCUGCUGCUAGCACUUCCGAUCGAGGAGAGGCUACAACUCCCUCUAGAGGUGCUGCCCCCCCCGUCGCUGAUCGGGAGAUAAUCGAAACUACGUUGCGAGAAUUGUUGCCGGAGCAGCUAAAGAGCAUGAACCUCGUAUUAUCCUCAUCAUCGUCUGGUGCGGUGGACCACGACCAGCAAGAGGGCAGCUUCGUUCCGUCUCACCUCUUGAACACUUCGAAGACGCUCUUCCCUGGAGCUGCAACAAGAGCGAAUGGGGAAAACCAAAACACCUCUUCAUCUUGGCACGCUUUCAAGGCGUCUCCCUCAGCCUCCUCAGAACAAGGUCGCUCGUCGGCUGGUAGUACCACGACAACUGGGAGUGGACCAUCAUCGAACAAUAGUGGCAGUACAGCUGAAGAAGGUGCUGGCGGAGGACUACUUAGUGCUUCGGGGUCUAGCUCAGCCACAACCUUCCUUCCCGGGGGUGGCGUCAUGAUAUCCACCGGAGAUACCGGCACGCCAUUGACGUGCGUCUCAUCCAGCGGCACACUAGUGGAGUGCCCUGCUACCUCUUCGGCUUGUUCCUCAGCAUCUGCAGAUCAUAAUGACAAUCAUCAAGACCUGAUUCCAGAAGAUUCCUUGGCGACUGGCGGAGCAACGAGUGGCACUGCAUCUGGUGCCUUCUCGUCUGGUGCAGGUCACGCCUCCAUCACCUCGAAUAAUAUGCGUCAACAUUAUUUACAUGAGCAGCUGAUGCGCAGCGACGUGAUCGGUCGCCUCAAGGAGAGUUUGAAAUCUGAACUAACACGAGAAUUCGAGCAACGGGUGAAGGGCCUGGAUAUCGACGGGCAGUUCCGGCAUCUCGAGCACGAAUAUGCGGACAAAUUGGAGACUCUCGCGACGCGGCUAGAGAACGCGCGCUCUGGACUAGAAGAAAGAAGCCGACUGCAGGAAGGCGAAUGCGAUGAGGACACACGCAUAGGAGGUCGUGCUGGCACCUCUGCAGAUUCGGAUUCGGACGAGGGAAGCUGGUCGAGUUUGUCUGAGGACGAAGGAGGUGGUCCUCUUCAGGUGAAGAACAGUGAACAAGAAAAGACAUCGACGUCGUCGAAGCCAAAAAAAUGUCGAUCCAAUCGCAAUCGACCUGGUAAGCUGUUGAAAAUCGAUAUUCAUUCCCAAGUGGAUGGGACCGGUUUGAACAGCCACGACUCGUCCACCACUGUUGACGUAUCGCGCACGACGUCGUCUUCGCGCGGCGGCCGUAGCAAGAGAACAAAGUACGCCUCUGCACCAGACGAAAAAAUGGCUCGUCGAAUUGUCAGCGACAGUGGCUGCUCCGGCUCCGCCAUGGGCGACACCCGCACAUACACGACAGAGGAACAAAUGAAGUCCGAGCUAGAGCAGACACGUGUCGAGAUCCUGCGGGAAAUUCGUGCAGAAAUGAAAGCAGGUCUUGCAAGUCCGGCAGAAGGAUUUGAGACGAAGAUUGAGGAGGCGGUACGCUUUUUGCAUGAUUCGAUCAUAAGAAGUUUCGAUAAUGUUCUACUGGAGUAGUUUAGCAAGAAGUAGACGUAUUCCUGAUUCUAUCAGCGCCACGAAUACAACUUCAACUUUCAAUUUGUUCAUGAAGUUCAAAAAUGUCUGUCUUCACAUCGUUUACAACUUCCCGUUCCCUUCUCACGACCCCAGGUCCUCGAGCGGCUCGAAAGUUCUUUGACUAGCCGCAUUGAAGGCCAUCUGUUCGCCAAGAUAAGCGAAAAUGUGAACGAAGCAGUGGCAAACCGUCUGGAAAGUUGGAACUUCUGUACGAAGGGCGACUUGGCUCUAUCCGAGAGCAAGAAUCGCGAGGCCGUCGACGCGUCUGUCGAGGCCGCACGCUUGGAUUCCGAGGCCUUCCGUGAGAAGAUGCACGAACUCGUGCUAGAGAGCAGACAGACGCUGUUCGAAAAGCUUCAACAAGAACUGAAAAAAGUGCAGGCAGAAGCAGAUCAGAAGCUUAAGGCUGGAAAGAGGAACUACCUGAUUGAAGUCUUAUUUUGAUCUCAUCAUCAUCAUUUAGGUACAAUCAUCAUCAUCAUCUUGUACUCCUAGUCCUACUUGCUUGUUGCAUGAUCAUGAUGAAGCAUUACUACUAGUCUCAACUUCUAGCAAUUGUUGAUCUUGAUGUAGCAUAGACAAAAAUCAAUAUGAAGAGCAUUAUCUUUCCCUUUCGCCUUCGCGACUCUACCGCCAUUAGCCUUUUAGCUCUAACCCCUGCACCCCUGCGUACGUCAACGAUCUGUGGGAGAGUAUCGGGACACUUGCGUCGCGUUUGACUGACAUGCAGCAAUUGUUGGAUACACACUUGGGUUCCCGCAAAGUCGCCCAACUACGACACAUCCAUUCACCCAGUGAGGCAGUAAUGGAAUCACCAGUCUUACGCACAGAAGGAGCGCAAGACAAAAGAACAGCGCCAAAAGCGGACAGAGACCGAAGAAGUUCAUCAAUUAUGGAGUGCGAGUAGACGUAGAAAUGUCAUCAUGAAUGUGACCCACGCGCAGGCCUCGACGCCCGUGUGAAGAUAUUUGGAUCUGAAAUAUCAUGACUGAGGCUUCUGUGGUUUGCACUGAAAAAUCAAUCCACUAGAAGAAGAAGAAGAAAAUCUUCCACUCGGAUCAUCUCUAAUACGCACACCAGUCGAUCAGCAUCACGCAGCAGAAGACCAGACCAUGAGACUUCUUCCUCUUCCUCUCGGGGCCAAGGCCGCAUUGUGCCCGGUGGUAGUCGUAUCCUCGUAGCAGCAGCAAGCCGUCGUGGCGACGAGACAGACGGUCUCCUAAACGAAGAUCGUUCGGCGCGUGGAAAAAAGCAUAGAAGGGCAGAUAGAUGAAAACGUUUGCUAUUGUGACGAGACGACGACGAGGACCACCACGACGAAAAGGGGUAGUAGAAGAGUAAUUGACGAUUUUUAACGAUGCAAUUUAUCUGCUCUGUGAAAUCACAACAUUCGUAUUGAUUGGAACUACUUUUCUGUGUUUUUUUUCAAGUGGAAAGAAUGUCUAGCUUCUCUCAUGAUUCGAAGAAUCGUACUUGAUGGGAGGCAAAAUAUCUGAAUAAUUUGUAAUGAAUCCUUCGUCUUGUGAUGUAUUUUUUCAUGACAAAUAGAAAUACUAGACCACUUCAUCAACACGCAAAAAUAGUAUCUUCAUAGUCUAGAUGAAGUCUUCGUGGUUUAUAUUGCCUCCUCGACGAGUCCUCGUCUGAUCUUCUUACGUACAGAGUACUGGCCGAAACAGGCCCAGAUGAGCUGUGGAGCAGGAGCUCCUGCUACGCCUACCUUAUAUAUAACAAUAACUGAAAUGAAACAACGAUAAAACCUAUGCUGCAUCGCAAUAAGGAAGUGACUGACCCUGACCGAUCGGUUGGGUAUGAAUGUUGGUACUUAAGAUCAUCGACGACGUAUCAUGAUAUGAAUGCACUAGAGUACUAAUAGAGGGCGGACGAGGAGGAGAGGUCCGCUCGUGCUGGGAUAGUAAGCAAUAAGAAGGUUUUUUUUUGUUGAAGUUAUUGAAUGAAUAAUCAUCAUACAACAUGAUUUCUCUUGGGGGACCCGGGAGAUCGUACUACAGCCUGCGGUCAGCUUAGAGCAAUCUUUUUUGUUUUCUGUAUCCUUAGAAAUAAAAGAACCAUCGAUUUUUUUUUGCUUCAACUGUAAUAGUAAUCCAAGCAACACUAAAUGGCUCAUAAUUAUCAUUGAACACCUGAGUCAUAAAUUGCGAGCUGGAUGGACCGACGCUAGGGGCCUCGUAUGUACUAGAAAAGUCUUUUUGCGAAACAAAUUAUAAGGGAGAGCUGCAAGCGCUCCCGUUUGCGCUGACAUUCACGCGAUGAGCCAGACUACCACUGCCAGAUUAACAGCAGACGCUGACCUCUAUUGACAGCAUCAACAUAGUUGUCGGGCGACGUGGCGCACCAGAU